UUGAAGUCUCCUACCUCAACAUUGCUCCAUACCAUAAGCGAGUCUGAGAAGGCUUCAUAUGUUGCUCACAUCAAUAACUAUCUAGCAGAAGAUGAAUUCUUGAAAAAGUACCUUCCUUUAGAUACAGCAACAAACGAUCUCUUUGAGAUCGCCAAGGAUGGAGUUCUUAUAUGCAAGCUUAUAAAUGUUGCUGUGCCUGGAACAAUUGACGAGCGGGCUAUUAAUACAAAGAGGGUGCUCAACCCAUGGGAGAGGAAUGAGAAUCAUACCUUAUGCCUUAACUCUGCCAAGGCAAUUGGAUGUACUGUUGUCAAUAUAGGAACUCAAGACUUUAUUGAAGGAAGGAGGCACCUUGUUCUUGGGGUCAUAUCUCAGAUUAUCAAGAUACAACUGCUGGCAGAUCUCAAUUUAAAGAAUACACCACAGUUAGUGGAGCUUGUUGGCGACAGCAAGGAUGUGGAGGAGUUGAUGAGCUUACCACCAGAGAAGAUCCUGCUCAGGUGGAUGAAUUUUCAGUUAAAAAAGGGAGGAUACUCAAAAACAGUUACAAAUUUCUCAUCUGACGUGAAGGAUGCAGAGGCUUAUGCUCAUCUGUUGAAUGUUCUGGCUCCAGAACACAUCAAUCCUUCCACAUUGAAAGUUAAAGAUCCUCUGGAACGAGCAAAGUUAGUUCUUGAGCAUGCCGAUAAGAUGGGUUGCAAGAGAUACUUAACAGCUAAAGAUAUUGUGGACGGUUCUCCGAAUCUUAAUCUUGCAUUUGUAGCACACAUCUUCCAGCAUAGGAAUGGACUGUCAACCCAAACAAAACAUAUUUCAUUUCUUGAAACUCAACCUGAUGAUGCACAAAUCUCCAGAGAAGAGAGAGUAUUUCGUUUUUGGCUAAAUAGUCUGGGAAAUUCCUCUUACAUCGAUAAUGUCUUUGAAGAUCUCAGAAAUGGAUGGAUACUCUUAGAGACACUUGACAAGGUGUCUCCAGGGAUUGUUAAUUGGAAAAUUGCUUCUAAGCCACCAAUCAAAAUGCCAUUCAGGAAAGUAGAAAAUUGCAACCAAGUUGUCAAAAUUGGGAAGCAGUUGAAGUUUUCCCUUGUUAACGUUGCUGGAAACGAUAUUGUUCAAGGAAACAAGAAAUUGAUACUAGCCUAUCUAUGGCAAUUGAUGCGAUGUAACAUGCUUCAACUAUUGAAACAUCUAAGAUCCCAUUCUCACGGGAAGGAAAUUACUGAUGCUGACAUUUUGGAGUGGGCUAACAGCAAGGUCAGAAACGCAGGGAGCCAAACCUGUAUGGACAGUUUCAAGGAUAAGAGGUUGUCUGAUGGAAUUUUCUUCCUUGAGCUUCUUAGUGCUGUGCACCCAAGAUCGGUCAAUUGGAGUCUUGUCACAAAAGGAUCAAGUGAGGAGGAGAAGAAAAUGAAUGCAACCUACAUCAUUAGCAUUGCAAGGAAACUUGGAUGUUCCAUAUUUUUGCUCCCUGAAGACAUAAUUGAGGUGAAUCAAAAGAUGAUGCUGACAUUGACAGCAAGUAUUAUGUAUUGGACCUUGAAACAACAACCUGUUGAAGACCGAGCUUGUGGAGGUUCAGACACUGAGACAGGAAGCCUUGUCGACUCGAGCUCAAACUCGACAGUCGACGACACAGCCUCUGAAUCAUCAACAGAUGACAGCAGCAGUAACUGAUGUCGCCUUGACAUCGGGUAAGAAACCAAGCAAAUAGUAUAUUGUAUUGAUUUUUGAUUGGAAAUUUUGGAAAUGGUUAGUGUUUUUGAAGGGUGUAGAGAAGAAUAUUGAGCGAUUUGAAUGCAGUUUUUUUACUGAAGCAGAAAACAGCUCAUGUAUGUAUGUGUAUAGCCAAAAAAAACGUGUAUUUGGAUUGGUAUACAAGAGUGCUCCUUGUACAA